ACUAGGUCGUGAACUUUUGACCGGAUAACGUGUAAUACACACUUGUGUGAGAUAACGAAAUUUCAAGUUAUUUUGGACAUAAAAUUAAAUGUUGAUGUUUGACAAGAUAUAACUAAACAAUCAAUUAGAUAAGGAACAUGGCUUCAAAUUUACGGUUUCAGGAUAAAGUUGCUAUUGUAACUGGUGGUUGUAAGGGCAUAGGAAGAGGUUGCGUUGAUAUAUUCGUUGAAAAUGGAGCCAAAGUUGCCGUGUUUGAUAUUGAUGAUGCUGUGGGAGAGACGAUGAAGCCCGAGGGUCCCGGAGAGGUGUUUUAUAUACACUGCGAUAUGACAAAAGAAGAACAAAUAAAGGCAGCAGUUGAAGCCACGAUUGAUAAAUUCCAGAAGAUAGAUUGUCUAGUGAACAAUGCUGGAUGGCACCCACCUGCAAGAACUAUUGAUGGGUUUUCGUCAGAGGAAUUUCGAAAGUUGUUGGACUUAAAUCUUAUAGGAUACUUCCUUGCUUGUAAGUUUGCUUUACCAUAUAUUCGAAAGACAAAGGGUUCAGUAGUAAAUAUAUCUAGUGGCGCUUUCACGGUCGGUCAACCUGACGCAGUGACGUAUGUUGCUACAAAGGGUGGUAUUGUUGGAAUGACACGUGCCCUUGCAACAGAUGAAGGAAGGCAUGGUGUUCGAGUGAAUUCGAUAUCGCCUGGAUGUGUUUGGACUCCUUUAUUCGAAGAAUGGGCAAAAACAGCAGAAAAAGGAGAGAUGGAACAAAUAAAAGAUAUUAGUAUUCUGCGACGGUUUGCAGAUCCACGUGAGAUCGGAAUGGCAUGCCUAUUUUUAGCAGCUGAUGCAACUUUUACAACCGGUGAAGAUCUUAGUUGUACUGCGGGUAUAGAAAGGGGAUAUGGGAUAAAAAUGAAAUAGCCAAAACUUGAUUUUGUUUGCUUACUUGUUUUUCAUCACUUGGCACGAUCAAUAAAAUCCUAUCUUAAAUGGUG